AUGCCAACGAAUCAGUCUUGUUGCAUUGAAGGUUGUAAAAAAGAACCGAAAAUUAUGUGCUUGGGAUGUCCAGAAUUACUCUAUUGUGGCUCACAUCAUAAGCAACAUCGGGAUUAUCUUAAUAUAAAAUUGCAUGGAUUAAAUGAUGAAUGCAAUCAGUUUCUCAACGAAAUCGAAACAGAAACAGGGGAUUCACAAAAAAAACAUGGUUUACUGAAAGAUAUUGACGAAUGGGAAACGAAGUCGAUUGCAAAGAUUAGACAGAUGGCACAAGAAACUAGAGAAGCAUUGGUCUCCCAUGUCGCAAACUUUAUUCCAACUGUAAAAAUCCAAAUGGCAAGUUUUAAUGCAAAAGUUAGUCAAAAUUCUGAUGAUAAUGAGUUUGUGGACACCGACAUAGCGCAAUGGACAGCAGAACUAGAAAGACUAAAAGCAACACUGAACAAUCCACCUGAUUCUACCGUUCGAGAAGACCCUACAGAAUUUAUCAGCAAGAUCUAUUUUAAAGUGAAAGUUAUAUCCAAUAUUCCUGCUAAUGCCACAUGGGCACAGAAUGGAGUGACUGUGGCUGGAGGUCACGGGAAAGGCAGUGCCACCAAUCAACUCAACCACCCUUUUUCUCUCUUCGUUGAUGACGAUCAAACAGUGGUCAUUGCUGACUGCGCGAAUCAUCGUAUCACCCAAUGGAAAAAAGACGAUUUGACGAAUGGACAAAUUGUUGCUGGUGGCAAGGGCAAAGGAAAUGGAUUAAAUCAAUUGAAUGAGCCAACCGAUGUAUUAAUUGACAAAGAGACGGAUAGUCUCAUCAUUUGUGAUAGAUGGAAUCGAAGAGUGGUACGAUGGUCUCGCCGUAGUGGCAUAACACAAGGUGAAAUACUCAUCGAUAACAUCAAUUGUUUUGGAUUAGCUAUGGAUGAUCAGAGAUAUAUUUACGUUUCUGACACUAAAAAACAUGAGGUAAGACGAUAUGAACUGGGAGAGAAGAAUGGCACUCUCGUAGCUGGUGGAAAUGGUGAAGGCACUGGUCUCAAUCAACUCAACGAGCCAAGAUAUCUUUUUGUUGAUCGACAACAGAAUGUCUACGUGUCAGACCGCAACAACCAUCGUGUAAUGAAAUGGAUUAAAGGUGCAACAGAAGGUAUUGUGGUGGCUGGCGGUCAAGGUCAGGGGGAUGCUUUGACACAAUUAAAUAGUCCCAACGGAUUAUUUGUCGAUACGUUGGGUACUCUCUAUGUGGCAGACUCGUGGAAUCAUCGUUUAAUGCGUUGGAGUCAAGGAGCAAAACAAGGCACUGUAAUUGUGAAUGGAAAUGGUAAAGGGACAGGCUCAAAUCAGUUCUACGGUCCCGUUUGUUUGACCUUCGAUCGACAUGGGAAUCUGUAUGUUGUCGAUCAUAAUAAUCAUCGUGUUCAACGAUUUUCUAUUGAAUAA